AUGUUGGUACCUAUAGAUGACCCGCCGACCGACGUGAUAUCGCGCGUCCUCUUCGGCCGCUCGCGCAAUCACCUGUCGGUCGCCUCCUGGGACAAGACGCUGAGGCUCUACCACGUCGACGACGCGAACCGCGCACGUGUCUUGCGAAGAUGCUCGUGGAACAGCCCGGUGCUCGACUGUGCCUUCCUGCAGGACGACCGAAAGGUCGCCUUCGGAGAUCUCGACAAGAAAGUGAACGUCUUUGACGUGGAAACCGGCAAGGUGGUCACGCUGGGCAGCCAUAACGCCCCCGUGCGCUGCGUCCAGUACCACAACAGACUGAAUGUCGUCAUAAGCGGCGGCUGGGACAAGCGCCUGCGCGCAUUCGACGUGCGCAUUGCCGCCAAGAGGCCCGUCGCAGAGGUAGAAAUAUACGGCAAGGUGCACUGCAUGGAUCUGCUGAACAACACGCUGGUCGUCGGCGACUCCAUGAAGCGGGUUUACAUAUACGACAUAUCGCGCGGAUUCAGCGGGUUCGCGACGCCGGAGACCAAAGACGGAGUCCUCAAGUUCCAGUUCCGCUCAAUCAAAUGCUUCCCCGACAACCGCGGGUUCGCACUCGGCUCCAUUGAAGGACGGGUGGCCUGGGAGUACUUCUCCAAGCUGCCUGAGUCCGUAUCGCAGCAGUACGCAUUCAAGUGCCACCGCAAGAAGACCAUGCCCGACUCAGACGUCGCCUACGCCGUGAACAGCAUCGACUUCCACCCGCGGUACGGGACAUUCGUGACUGGGGGCGCAGACGGGCUCGUGUGCGCCUGGGACGGCCUGAGCCGCAAGCGUCUGUGGAGGACCACCACCCUACCAACGUCAGUCUCCUCGGUCUCGUUCAACAACACCGGCGAAAAGCUGGCAAUCGCAGUAUCGGACAUCUACCAGCUGGAGGGCGAGCCGGCGGCCCGGCCCUGUGUGUUGGUGCGCGGCAUCAACAGCGACGAGUGCAAGCCGCGCAAUUACGCGAAAUAA